AUGCCAUCCUCGAUUACUGGCUCCCCAGACUCAACUCGACCCCGCGGGGGAAGUGGCCCACGACCUCAAGCUCGCUCGGCAGGAGGGGCUGAGAGAGCACCCCGCAACGAGAGCUUGUCAGAUCUAGUGCGCUUUUUUCAAACACAGAACAUGCCAGUUCCAACUAUACCGCCAAUUGGCUCUCCCGAUUCGACAACGGCGCUACCCGCCGUCCUAUCCCCGGAACCGAAGGAACCGACCCUUGAAUUGACCAAGGAGGAGCUCAAGCCUUUUCAUCGGCGAUUUUUGCAGUUUGGUCGCCAAAAAAAAGAAUCAAAAGAAUCCACACCGAGAAAUAAGGCCGACGAGAAUCAAAAACAACUUGAAGCACUACAACGAGAGGGCUAUAUCAUGACUAGCAUUAAACCUAAGAGUGUCCUUGAUCGGCCAAAGAAUAGCAUGGAUCGAUCUAAGACAAGCUUGGAUAGACCAAAGAGCAGUUUGGAACGGACUUUCUCCAGAUCGAAGAAGCAGGACGUUGAAGCUAUUGGUCGGCCAUGGCUGACCAGGACCGAUAGCAAUACCGAAUCAAUUGAUCCCAGGCGUCGCUUGGCCUCGUUGGACUUGGAUGACUUUGGCUCUAUGCUUGAUGGCGCUGUCUCGCUCUCAGAGUUUGAUGAUACGUCACCGCCACCCUAUCAGCAAGCCAAUUCCGCCACACCUGCGCAUCGCAACGAUCAGGCCCCUGGUUCCCAACAGACAUCUACACUACCGCUCCCAAGAGCCUCUUCGGAAGCUUGUUUACGAAGUAUUGAUCAAUCAGUGUCAUCAUCGAUUUCCACGACCGAGACAGAGGGAAGUGGAUCAAGAGAUAAUGACCCGCCAUGGCCGCCGAGCGCCCUCAGUAUGGGCACAGGGGGUACGGACCCAAACCUUCGACCUGUAUCUUUGUCGACCAGCAGUCAAUCCACAAGGGUACAGUCUUUCAUUCCCUCAAACCAGUCUCUGAAGAGUGAACCAAAGCAAGAUCAAGUGGCGGAGCAGCCCCAAGUACCAGAUCAUCCUCCUCCAAAUCCACCUGGAAACCCUUCGCCGCCCUCCUUGAAACUUUUCCCCGAUGUUGCCCCUCCACGUAUGUCCAGCAUAAAUGCAUUGAGGAUUUCAUCGGCGCCUCGAUCUCAAACAACUACCAAAACGGCUCCGCCGCCUCCACCACAAGCCCAACCCAAAGCAGUUGAGACAGAAGCACGGCCAGAAAAGCCACGGCAAUCUACAGAAUCAUACCCAUCAAAGACUGCAAAUCAUACCGAAGAGCCGGUCUGUUCAGGCGCUCUUGGUGCGGCUGUUUCUGCCGAUCCCCUUCAAAUCAUCAAGCCUCGGGCUGUUUCUGCUCAGGCUCAGACUCAGGGCCAGAGAAAGUCGCGUCCAGCUUCAUUGGCCAUGGGAACUCUUCAGGCGUUCCCUCUGCCUGCACCAACGAGACCCUUACCAUCGAUCCCCAAGGCCAGUACACUUGCCCCUCCUACGGACCCAAGAACCCCUGUGCGAACGGUUCGAUCGGGUUCCAAACUUGCCGAUAUACAGCACUCCCAGCCAUCUCCAAUCGCCGAGGAGCCUCGGGAGGCGGAAACUCGCGCUGCUACUACCCUUGGUCACCGCGCCGGAGAGGUACCAGCGAACGUCAAGUCAACGGAAACAACUCCAGAGCGUCCUAAGUCGGCAUCGCCGGAGCAGCACACUCCAAGACGGCGCUCUUCGAGUGUGCGUGUGCCACGCAUGCGAGGACUUCCGGAAAGUCCCUCGGACGGCAGUGACGAGCAACCUGCCAAUGAUCAGCCUUUGGCUGAUUCUCCUCUGCUGGGGCAUUCGGUACCUACAAAGUCUCAUGGCAAACGAGCUGCACUAAAAGGUCUGCAGAUCAAUUCCCGUGUCGACCGGAACAAUCUUCCUUUCGGUCUUCCCUCUCCUCCUCCCCCAUCGGCGGCUCUCCCGUUGGAUCCGCCUACGCAGCGAGCUGCAGAACGGUCGACUUCCCGCAACUACACUGCGCCCGUUGAGCCUGGACCCAUGACCUCACGAAAUCUGGGUACGAACGUGGAUCCUGCACAUCAUCAAAGUUUGAUGCUUUCGCGCAGCAACAGUUCUCAUAGUAGCCUCCGCCACGAGAGCAUCCCCGAAUCACACGAGCAACCCGACCGAGCUGAAUCACCACUCCCAUCUUCUGAUGACGAGGGCUUCGGUCCGCGUGGUGGCAAGAGUCGUUCGCAUCGCGUCGCUGAGCAGCACAAAGCACGCGCCCACCCAACGAGACGUGGUUACGAGACACUCGACGCCCGACCUACCCACGGCCGGCCACGCUACCCACACUCAAUGAGACCCUUGACACCGCAGGGCCAUAGCAGCAUUCAUAGCUACGACCCUUCCAUGUCCCCUCAGUCACAGUACUCACAGGCAACCUCCCGGUCGCGUCACUCGCAGAGCGCCCAUCGUGCCCCAGCUCCAUCUCACGACCCCUAUCUGGAGGACCGGAUCGCCAAUCUCGAGCGCCAAAACCAGGUCCUACAAGCGGCUCUCAUGGCAGCCCUCAAUGCCGGAGUCAAGCCAAACCUAGAUCUGCAUGAAUCUGCUAUGCCUCCUGCUUUCCCCUCUGGGAGCCAUGGAAAUCCUUACCAAGAAAGACGAUUCGCAUCUCGCCCUGAUAGCUGGAUGAGCUCUUCGCGGAGCAGUGAUGUUAGUGGCUUUGAGACGCCUGGGUCUGCCCGUGAUGCGCGGGCAAAUCCCCGUCAGUUGGAUAACAUGCUCGAGGACAUUGAGUCCGGCUGGAUGUCUGACAAGUCGAGUUUCAGUGGAGCUCGCUCCAUGGCCCGAAACCGUUGA